GCUUCAAUCCGGAAAAAAUCUGGUCAAAGUAAAGAGCGAAGUCUCGGACUGAAGAAAUAGCAAACUUCCUUUUCUAAAAUUUCACCAUAAAGGUGCAACUAACGUGAACAUCAAGAUGGUGUUGUUCGUACAGUCUCAGCAAACCCAUGUGCUGGAUCUCUCUCAGCAAAAGACAAUUGAGGAUGUCAAGGCCCUCGUGACAGAUCGGGAAGGACUUCCCACUGAAGAGAUGGCAGUCUUCUAUGAAGGCCAGCCCUUGGAGGAUUCUUGUGAACUCUACUCCUUCAAGAAUGAAGCCACCCUUCAUGUUGAAUUGAGAAUGCUUGGAGGUAAAGUCCACGGCAGUUUGGCUCGUGCCGGCAAAGUCCGUGGACAGACCCCCAAGGUUGACAAACAAGAGAAGAAGAAGAGCAAGACUGGUCGUGCCAAGCGCCGCAUGCAGUACAACAGGAGAUUUGUCAACGUUGUCUCUGGAUUUGGACGCAAGAAGGGGCCCAAUGCUAGAUCAUAAAUUGAUACUUUUCCUUCAAUGUCUGGAAAAUAAAUAAAUCUGUAAAAUAUAA